AUGUCUUCCUCUUUCGAAGAAACAUUUUGGCGAGCUGUCAGUCCGGGAUCUGAACGGCUUUUGGCGGGUGUGGUGCUCGCUGCUGCAGGAUCUGGCACGGAAGAUGGACGGUCGCAGCAACAAGAUUAUCUCGCCGCGUAUGGCACAAUGCAGCUCAUACCGGGCUCUCCCCCGGUAUCUACAAAGACGGUUAUGUGGUUGGCAUCUUGUACUAAACUUAUUGCAACUAUCGCGGCGCUGCAGUGUGUCGAGCGAGGCCUCUUCGAUCUUGACUCCCCCGCCGAUGUCGAUCGGCUUCUUCCGGAGUGGAAAGGUACGCAAAUCUUGACUGGUUUUGACAAUGAAAAGCCCGUGCUUCAGGAUGCCAAAGAAAAGAUAACGUUGAAACAAUUGUUGAACCAUACGAGCGGUUUAACUUACGACUUCUUUCCCGAGUUGUUGCGAUGGAGGAAGUCGCGUGGUGAAUCCCCUCUUACGUCGCGUGGGCCAAUCACUGAGAUCUUCACACACCCGUUGAUCUUUGAGCCUGGGACUAGCUUUGCCUAUGGGCCUGGUCUUGAUCUGGCUGGAUUAAUGGUUGCAGGGGCAAAUGGCUGCACUCUGGAAGAAUACAUGCGCAAGAACAUCUUCGACGUCCUUGGCAUGGACGACACAUCAUUCCACCCACGAGAGUACAACGAUCUUGCUACGCGACUGAUGCCGAUCACUGCUCGAAUUUCUCCUAACGGCCCUCUAGCCGAUGGGGAAAAUCUAUAUUCACCAGCCCAGCUCCUGCACCUCGAGGCGCAGGAUGAAUACGGUGGUGGGGGUCUCUUCGGCACGGCAGAAGACUACCUGAAGCUCCUCAAGUCUAUUCUACGGAACGACGGCCAGUUGCUCAAGACAGGGUCAAUUGAUCUCAUGUUCACACCUUCCAUAUCGCCCUCGUCCAAAGAUGCACUAAAUAAAUGGCUCUCAGAUCCUGCUUACGCGUCUGCUGCGAUUCCAGGUGAGCCGCCUGUGGGAACUGCGGGAUGUGGAGAGUGGACGCACGGCAUAGGAGGCUUGAUUGGGCUGACGGACAAAGAAGGUGGGCUGAAAUCACCGUGGCUUCAGUGGGGAGGGGCUCCGAACCUGAAGUGGUGGAUUGACCGAGAAAAUGGUAGCUGCGGUAUCUUUGCGACGCAGUUGGGUCCACCUGGCGAAGGGAAGCAUCAAGUACUGACAAACCUCUUUCAGAAGGAAAUGUCAAGAAUUUUUGGAAAGAACGCAGCUUGACAACGCCUAGUAUGUUUUCGGAUCCGAGUUCGCUGUCCUCGCAAGAUGGGUUGAAGCGUUUUGGGACGUCGUGAAGGAUGGUCAGUUUAUUUUCC